ACGAGGAGUCUGGAGCAUUUUGAAAUAUACAGUUGGGGCCGUCAGAACGAGCGCCGCAGUGCUCGAGAACGCACGUUAUCGUCGCUCCUCGUUAUAACGUUCCCUCGAUAUUUUUUUUUUCUCACGCGCGUGCAAUUCAGCGAAUUAAAAACGAUUUUUUUUUUCACAUAUAAAAUACAAAAGCGAAGGGCCUCACCUCGGCUAUUGGGCCCCUAUUAUGCCCAAUUCUAGUGUUGGAGGGGGAGGGGGCACAAGUUUAUUUAGUUUUUAAAGUGAAGUUAAUGAGAAUCACUUGAAGGAUCUGACGGUUUGACUCGUUCGAAUAAUAAAACUUCGAAACUGAACAAUGAGUGCUGUGUGAAUGGGAUAAUUCAGUCCAAUUCUCUUAAGCCCCCGGCCCCCACCCCCUUUACCCCUUCACAGCUUUUAUUCGCAGUGGUGAGAGGUGGGGAUUUUUGAUAUGUAGAAUUUGCCGAAUUAUUGUGAUUAUUUUAUUGUGAUUUUGACGGUGGAGAGAGAAAUUUUGUGGGGUUUUUUGGGAGAGGGAAACGAGGGGAUUUGAAAUGGGGGAAUGGUCAGGGGAAUUUGGGAGGGACUGAGGGCAACGGUGAUUUGGUUGGGAUUUUCUGGGGGUGAGAUUGUGGGUGUCUUGUUGGGGUACGUGCUGAGACUGGUUGGACGCACGUGGAAUGGAUUUUCAAAGCGCUAUGGAGACUUUUGCUGAGGCAUGGGUGGCUGCUAAUACCAAAAGUGAUCCAGUGCAGAGUCAGGCGUUAGCUCUGACGCACAAGGCGACGCCACCAUCGCGGCCAUCGAGUGUAUCAUCGAUACCUCGAAGUCCACAAUCUCACCAGUCUCACCCAGCACACGUGACACGCAGUCCCACUCCACGACCAUCAUCGGUUCACCAUCCUCAGUUGCAUCAAACCCCAGCUGUUUCUCUCGUCGCUCAGAGUUUUCACCAACAGUCUCAACCACCCGCCCAACAGGUGUCACAGACGUUCGGUCUUUCUCACAAUAGACAUCCAAAGCAGGAAAUUGACUCAAGCAGCCCCAAACCAGAGGGUUUUGAUCUGAGCAAAAGUUCAACGGUCGCCGGGAAGAGUCCGGUGCCAGUUCAUUGCGUAGUAGAAUCUAUUUACAGUAUAGUGGAUACACGAGUGAGUGGAGGACGUGACAAGUGGCCAGGACCCCACCUGGAGAUUGACACCUACGUAAUAAUUCCAGCGGCUGUUCCCUUUCAGGACCUAGUAGCUGAAGCCCUAGUUCGUCUAGGCUACGCCACAGACCUUAUUCCCAGUGCUCGUGGCAGUAUAGUCGUUAAAAAUUGGCGACCUUUGCCCAUGGAGAAAGUGGCAGACGAACCAACUCGCACAGUAGCUGAAAUACUGGCAGAGUUAACCACAGUUGCAACCCUAAAGAUUCAAAUCUUCAGAUCAAGACCACCACCCCCGAGUCCAGCUGCUGAAGUUAGAGACAAACUCCUGAGGCUUCUGCUACUUCACAGUCAUGCACUUCUUCUCUCAGCAGGAUGUCCUCUAGAUGAGAUGACCCUGUCUUCAUUAUGCAGAGGUGGCAACGAGUUAUCUGAGGAAUCAAAACGUAGUUUUGAAGUUUGGCUGCAGCAGCAGCAGAUGGCUGGACUAGGACCACCAAAUUCACUGCUGUCAUGCACCAAUAAUAGUCGACAAUUACACAGUCAAAGUCCUGGAAUAGAGUCCAGUGGUGUUGGAGGGGUUGGUCCUCAUCAUCCUGCCAUGCUACCUUAUUCACCUAAAACCAGGAUGAGAACGAGUUUCGAUCCUGAGUUGGAGUUGCCCAGGUUGCAGCGAUGGUUUACGGAGAGUCAACAUCCUUCCAGGCAACAGAUACAGCGCUAUGUGGCGGAAUUGAAUUCACUAGAGUCAAGACGAGGGAGAAAACCACUUGACGUUAAUAACGUGGUUUAUUGGUUCAAGAAUGCUAGGGCUGCACUGAAGAGGGCGGAAGCGAGGGGGACCAAUGGAUAUAGUCCACCUGGACUUAGUCCCAGGGGAGCUAGUAUUGCCAGUAUUGAGGAUUGCUCGGAUGAGGAGGAGGAUUCACGACAUCAGUCGAAUUCGGCAUCUCCUUGUCCAGCUGGCAGUCCGCCCGUAGUCGGUCCUUUAUCCCUUACAACACGUUCCGAGGAUCAGCGCCUCAUAGCCCCACCACCAAAUCCAACCUCCACCACAACAACGUCAACUCCGUUGGUAAAACGGGAGGAUGACACUACUACCAGGGUAUCAUCUGGUUCAGACGAUGAGGAUUCACCAAGUGGUGUACCAACGACUCCACUACCUCCUGGUUUCUCUCUCGUACCCAGUCCUAUGUUUGGCCAUUCCAUUAUGUACAUGUCACAUUAUCUACCGACUAGAGGUGGACCUGCUGGAUGCCCGGCUAGCAUGCUUGAUGAGAGGAGGAAACGUAAUCGUACAUUCAUCGAUCCUGUUACGGAAGUACCGAGACUGGAGAAUUGGUUUGGACACAAUACUCACCCAAGUCAUGCGUUGAUCCUUAAAUACACCGAGGAGUUGAAUCGCAUGCCAUAUCGUCAAAAAUUUCCCCGCUUGGAGCCGAAGAACGUGCAAUUUUGGUUUAAAAAUCGACGCGCAAAGUGUAAGCGUCUUAAAAUGGCGCUAUUCGAGGGUGAAUCACCCCAGUCUCACCCCUACGCCCACGCAGACUAGUCGUCAGUGCUACUACCCCGAUUGCUGAACGAAUUUCUCCAAGAGAAACACCCUCAUAACCACGAAACGAGUUCAAAAAAGUGAGAUUAGAGAGCAAUUGUGCCCUCGUAGAUAACUAGUCCUAUCAACAAUCGUACGAGGAAAUAAUCAACAAAUCGAUAGGUAAUCGAUUUUUUAAAAAAUGUUAAACGCUAAUAAAUAUUAAAAUCGAAGAGGCUGUACUUUACUUGUAAUUAAAAUCAAUAGCACCGAAAUGUUAUAAUAUACUAUUAUUGUCGUUAUUAGAUUUAAAUCAAUAGCAUGGUGAUUACUCAACUAUUAUAACAAUUAUUAGUACCACUGCUGAUACGAUUGAAUGUAAAUAAUACAAGAGGAAUAAGAAAUGAUAUUAAAUAAAAACAGUACGCACCAAAGUUGAUUGUUCAAUCAUUG